UGCUGUGUCCGUCGGUCGCCGUGGAGACGGACCGUGGAGUUUUGUCUUCUCGUGGCGGCCGAUGGAACCUCGACUCGUGGGCCCCGGGCCCUACCGAGCAACUCGGCUGUGGAAUGAGACCGUUGAGCUCUUUCGAAACGGAAUGCCUUUACGGAAACACCGUUCUCACUUCAAAAGCUACGAGUGUUCCUUCACAGCUUCCGAGGCAGUGGAGUGGUUGCACAGACUGCUAAGAUGCAACCAGAACUUUAGCCCAGAAGUCACCCGUGCUCAAACGGUCCAGCUCCUGAAAAAGUUCCUGAAGAAUCAUGUUAUUGAAGAUAUCAAAGGAAGAUGGGGCAAGGAUGAUUUUGAGGAUAAUGGUAAAUUAUAUAGGUUUCCUCCUUUCUCACCAUUAAAACCAUACCCUAAGCGAUCUCCUUUCCGAAAAGAAAUUGUGAAAUUCCCAAACUUUGAAAGAGUUACUUUCCAAGAGCACAUCCCAGUGAAACCUAUCAUAUUGAAUUCUGAAAUGUGGUUCAAACGCCACAGCAUAGCUAUUGGAGAAGUACCAACAUGCAAACUCAUACAUCGUCGACAAUUAACAGAGGCAAAUCUAGAAGACAUAUGGAAGUCCAAGACAUUGUCAUACUUGCAAAAAACUUUAGGUUUGGAUUCUUUGAAUGAUAUUCUGGACACUAAACUUGUAAAUCCAAAGGACAUUAUUCAGAAUGUGUAUAAUGUCAACAAAAAAGGAAUGGUCAUUUUAGAAGAUAAAUCAACGGAGGUUCCUCACUGGGUUCUAUCAGCAAUGAAAUGCUUAGCAAACUGGCCCAGAUGUCCAGAUCUGAAACAGCCUACCUAUUCAGGUUUUGAAAGGGAUGUCUUUAGAACCAUAGCAGACUAUUAUGCACACAUGAAGGAGCCUCUUCUCACUUUCCAGUUCUUUGAUGUUUUCGUCAGUGUGCUAGGAAUCCUGCAGGAAAAGAAGCUAGCCACGGAAGCCUUGCAGAUUUGUUGUCUUCUCCUGCCACCAGCAAAUCGUCAAAAGCUACAGUUGCUGAUGACUCUGAUGUCUAAGAUCCAGUCAGAUAAAGAUCUUCCACCUCUUUCAGAUACACUUGCAACAAGAGCAAUGAUGGUUCAAACCUUUUCUCACUGCAUUCUUUGUUCCAAGGAUGAAGUGGACUUGGAUGAACUAUUAGCAGCUAAAUUGGUAUCAUUCAUGAUGGACAAUUGUCAUGAGAUCUUAAAUGUUCCUUCUGCCUUAAAAGCUGCAGUUGAGGAACAUAUAGCACAUCUUAAAAGAGUCCAGAUAAAAUAUCCAGAAUCUGAUAUAGAUGCUAUUUUGCCUUCUCCAUCAUUUUGUCAUCAAAUCAGCACUGAUGAGUUUGAACACCAGACAAGAAAUUGCUGUCAAGGGCCACUUGCAAAUUUGUUGGAGGAAAUCACAAUAAAUAUGGAAAUGUCCAUCAAAGAAAAGAAGAAAAAGUUGAAACAGUUUCAGAAAUCGUAUCCUGAUGUAUAUAAGGAACGCUUUCCUACUCCUGAAAGUGAAGCAGUUCUUUUCCCAGAGAAAAGUAAACAGAAACCCCUGUUGAUGUGGGCAUUUAAAAGGCCUUUCCAGCCAUUUCAAAGAACAAGAAGCUUUCGCAUGUAAGACUGUGAAUAAGAUAAACGUCUGUAAUGGUCCAAAUUAUACCUUUGGAACAUCUGAUAUUCCAUGUAGGUGCUGAAACAUGUUUCACAAAGAGGAAAAUCAAGACAGAACACUGCUAGGCUGAGCCAUUAUCAGUAUUUUGGGGAAAAUAUUUUGGUGUUUUUAAAUUUUGUUUAUUUGUUUAAGUCAAGGUUGGGAAAUAAUGAACUGGUUCAGAUGAUCAUAUCAUAGCAUGUGAGAGAAUAGAUUGAAAUUAGAAGUGUUCUUUUGCUUACAUGGGAAGCCCCAUUGUGCAAGUUGCAGUU